GCGCCCGGAAGGCAAGAGGGCGGUGGGAGGGGGCUGGGACCUGUGGUUCCAAACCUCUUCGCACUGGAUGCUGGGGAGGGUGCCCGGGACCAAACCUGUAACUGGUUUUUCCUUAUGCUAAAGCUGGCAUUUGGCUAAUGAGCAAGGUGGUCAGGUCAUCAAGUGAAUCAGAGGUGCAGACCUGGGAAACAGAAGAUGAUGACAUGACAGAAGGAGACUUAGGAUAUGGCCUCGGACGACGACCUGGUGGUAUUUGUGCAGUAGAAGUUUCGAAUUUAUUUACAUCUAGAAAAAGAUCAGAUGGAAAGAACUUGAGCCCUCCUCCAUCUCCAAGAAAGGGGGAAGAAAGUAGUGGUGCCAUUUUUCAGUAUUCCAAGCAAAAGAGCUUGCAAGAUGCAUAUCCUCAAGGGCCCAGAAUUUCCAGUUACAGACGACAGUGUAGCACUGAUUCCAAUUCAGAAUUGUCAAACGUAGAAUUAAGGCAACGUCUUCAUGAAACUUUAGAGGAAGUAGAAGUUUUAAAAACUGAGCUUGAGGCAUGUCAAAGACAACUUGAAGGUAAAGAGGAAGCAUUGAAAAUUCUUCAAAGCAUGGCAGUGUUUGGUAAAGCAACAAGUCAUACCCAGGCAGUGCUUCAAAAAACUGUGGAACAAAAAAGAUCCUUGGAGAAGGAAAUAAAUGCCUUGCAGUGGGAAAUAGAAUUUGAUCAGAAUAGAUUUAAAAAUUUAGAGGAAUCUUGGACCCAAAAGUAUGACAGACUGAACUGUGAAAAUGUAGUCCUCAAAGAAACUCUAAAACUGAAAACAGAAGAAAUUAAAAUGCUACGGUCUGAAAAUGCAAUUUUGAAUCAGCAGUACUUGGAGGCCCUUGCAAUGCUUGAUAUCAAACAGCAGAAGAUGGCUCAGGAAAAUAUGUGCCAUAGCAAAAGCAGCUGCUUUACAGAGAUUUCAGCUCUUGAGCUUGCAGUCCUUGGAGCCUGCCUUUGCCAUGGUCCUGGAGGGAGCCCCUGUUCCUGCGCCAAAAUGGCAGCAUCUACUCGCAAACUGCUUCUUCAGUUGAAACAAGAGUUGGAACUUUUACAGAAGAGUAAAGAAGAAGCUUACAUAAUGGCAGACGCAUUCAGAAUUGCAUUUGAGCAACAAUUAAUGAGGAAAAAUGACCAGGCACUAAGAUUGACACAAAUGGAUAAAAUGUGUAAAAAAGCAGCAAAACAGAUAAAUUGGAAGCACCUUAAAGAAGAUGGCUUUCUAUCACAAAGGAGUAAGAAAACCUUGGGGCAGAAACUGCUGGGUAUGCUCCCUUCAGAAAACAGUUGGAAGAGGACUGAAGACCAGGAUAAUCCUCAAGAAGUCUUUAAGAUGCUAAUAGAUUUGUUGAAUGAUAAAGAAGAAGCUCUGGCCCAUCAAAGAAAAGUUAGUUAUAUGCUUGCUCGGGCACUGGAAGACAAAGACACUGCCUCAAAACAAACUAAAGAAAAAACUCCUAUGAAAGAGAUGCUUCCAUUCAAAGACCCCUGGCAUAAAACUUCAGAAUUGUCUGUUGUGCAUGAUCCUAUAUAUUCAAACGUCCAAAUGUUUAAUUCUCUGGGCUGCAUUUGUUCAGCCCAGCACCCUCAAACAGAUCAAAACUACACGAGAACUCUUAAAAAGUCCCGUUCUUUGCCAUCAGGUAUCAUGUUUUGAAUAUUGCCACAUCUUGAGAAAUUGUAUGUUUUCCAGGUAUUUCUGAAUUUUAGGAGGCAGCUUAAAUAAUCAAAUGUUAUGGGAACAUAUUUUACAAGAAAUUUAUUGGUAUACUGUGUUGUUUUUUUAUUUGUUAUAUUAAUAUAUUUUAUUAGUUUUUCAGUUUUCUAAAAUCUUUAAAAAAAAAAAAAAUUUGUAAGAAAAAAUUAUUUAGAUUGGCCAUAUAGGGUUGCUCUGAGUCGGAACUGACUUGAUGGCAACAGGUUUUUGUUUUUGUAUAGCGAUAUUAUGGAGCACUGGUGGCACAGUGGUUUAAGAGCUCGGCUGCUAACCAAAAGGUCAGUAGCUCAAAUCCACUAGCUGCUCCUUGGAAACCCUAUGGGCCAGUUCUACUCUGUCUUACAUGGUCAUGAGUUGGAAUCAACUCAAUGGCAGGGGGUUUGCUUUAUAGAGAUAUUAUAGGAUAUUAAAUUGGCUAAAGCAACAACAUACCAAUGUAAAUUACUCAUCUUAAGAAGUAAUAAUGCCUAGGAUUGACUGAUGUUAAUUUUUUAAAAAUAUUUAUCUUGUUUUAUUUGCCUUUUUCAGGAUUUUUCUAUUUUCCAUGUAAAGUAAUAAAAAUUUCCUUAAGUUAAUGUAAAUAAAAAAAUUAUGAUGGUGGGACUUUGGCAGAAGUAUAUACAGAGUCAUUGCUGGUUACCUACGUAGACUUUUUUUUUUGUCAGAAUGGUGACAUUUUGUAACUAGGUCUGCACAGAAUUCCAGCAAUCAGACCAUUUUGAAUUAACUUUUUGGUGUUGAUGCUGAAUUUUAGGCCAUUUAGUUUUGUCUACAAAUGUUACAUAGUGUCAUGGAUUGAACUAUAUCCCCCAAAAAUGUGUCUCAACUUGGCUAGGCCACUAUUCCCAAUAUUGCGUGGUUGUCUACCAUAUUGUCAUCUGAUUUUCCUAGGUAUUGUAAAUCCUAUCAUCUCUAUGAUGUUAAUGAGGCAGAAUUAGAGGCAGUUAUGUUAACCAGCCAGGAUUCAAUCAACAAGAUUAGGUUGUAUCUUGAGUCAAUCUGUUUUGAGAUACAAAAGAGAGAAAGCAGAGAGAUGGGGAACUCAUACCACUGAGAGUGAAGAACAGGGCGGGGAGCGGGGAAGCAUGCCCUUUGGACCUGGGGUCCCUGUGCUGAGAAGCUCCUUGUGCAGGGCAAGAUUGAUGACAAGGACCUUCCCCCAGAGCACACAGGGAGAAAGCCUUUCCCUGGAGAUGGUGCCCUGAAUUUGGACUUCUAGCCUCCUAGACUGAGAGAGAAUAAAUUUCUCUUUGUUAAAGCCAUCCACUUGUGGUAUUUCUGUUACAGCAGCACUAGAUAACUGAGACACGUGGUAAUAAUCUUUAAUAACUUUUAAGAAUAUUACUAUGUUAACAGCAUUACAAUAUGUCAAAGGAGAUGUCAGCAGUUAUAAAACUAAUGAUCUAUAGUGAAAAAAGUUGGCUAUGUGAAUACUACUUAAAUAGAUAACAUUAGGUUUAUAAGAUAGCAAUACAAGUCAUUUAUAGUUGUGUUAAAGGAUAUUUUAGCUGGCAUUAAUAAAAGCAGAAAGCUUAACAAAUACAUUUUGAAAAAAGGAUGAAUGAUGGGAAACUACUGCUAUCAGAUGUUAAAAUGUAUUGUCCUGAUAGUAAUAUAAAGCUACAUUAAUCAAAGCAGAAUAGUACCACCAGCUCAAUGAAAUAGAAUAUAAACUAUACAUAGACCUUGUUUAUGUAAUUAUUUAACAUAAAAGGUAAGGAAAGGGGUGAUUUGAGAUUAUUUAACAAUACCAAAAAGGGCUGUGUAGAUGUUACCACUUUUGAGAAGUUGUAUUGAAGUAUGGAGCUGAUCGUUGCAUAGACCAUGGACAGUUAACAGUAUGUAUUUAAAGUUGUACUACUGCAUAAUGGUGUAUUAUCCAGACUCUAUUUGUACUGCUGGUAUAGCAACAUUUUUUCUCUGUUUCUUGCUUUUUAAACUUUGUUUCACCACUAACUUGCCUAAAAUGCAGUCUUAGCUGCAUGUUUAUUUUUCAAUAAAAAUUAAAAUUUAGCCCUCCCCCCGCAAAAGCAGUAAUUAGGGAAUAUAUCCAGUACUGAAUGGAAAUCAAUUUGUGGAAUCAAGUAUAAUCAUAAACAAAACUCAUUCUAGCUAUGUGUGGUGCACUGUAUUGCCUUUAUAUUGCCUUUCCAGCUAUGGUCUUACAACUCUCACCAAAAGAUUGGGUAAAAACAAAACCCACUGCCAUCGAGUCGAUUCUGACUCACAGCUACCCUAUAAGACAGAGUAGAACUGCCCCAUACAGUUUCCAAGGAGCGCCUGGCGUAUUUGUAAAGAUUGGGUGGGACUAUGCAAAUGAGACAUAUGGCACCCUAAUGUAGCCCACCAAGGGAAUUGGAUAGCUUGUUAAUAAUGUAAAUAAGGUACAUGGCACGCUUGUGGGGGUGGGACCAUGCAAAUGAGGUAUAUGGAACCCUAAUGAAAGGAUUGGUCAGUUUUGUCAUCCUGCUAGCCUUAAAAUGAGCCAUCCCAGAGGCAGAAAGGGGGGAACCUUACUACCACCAAAAAAGAAGAGCUAGGAGUGGAGCCUGUCCUUUGGACCCAGGAUCCCUGAGAUGAGAACCUUCUAGACCCAAGAGACAGUGAAAGCUGUAACACUGGAGAUGGCAAGGGCUGGUGAGAAGCACUGGCAGGGAAAUGGUGGCACAGAGGUACCAAAACCAGGAGACCAGCAGGAGACAGCGCAGUGAGCUUCCCAGCCCACAGCACGAGAAAGCUUAGUACCUUUGGAGAGAGGAGGCUUGCUGGCGGAGUGGAGUGCCUCCAGGCACUUGUCGGCAGAGCUAGGCUUGCUGACCCAUGAAGCUAAAGAGCUGAAUGCCUUUGGGCCAAGGCUUACUGGUGAAGUGGGGUGCCUCUGGGCACCUACCAGUAGAGCUAAGGAGCUUUGUAACACUUGCCCCAGCAGGGCAGAGCCUGGACUGAGGGGCUGAGGGCUAGAGAGAGGCCUGCUUGUGGGCACGGCUGAGAAGAGGCUGUCCUGAUCUAAGAAGUGUAUUCUGAGUUGGCCCCGAUCCUGAGUUGUAACCUGUUGUUCUCCUAAUAAACAUUAAAAAAUGUGUGAGUGGAGGUACAUACAGCUUCUACAGGCACAAAAUAUCUUUAGAAGGAAACAAAAGAAACUUAAUAGUAGCUGCUUCUGUAGAGGGGAGCUUGCAAAGGUCAGGAGUGGAAAGACAAUUCCACUUUUUCUUUUUAAACUGUAUACAUAUAACUUGGGUUAUUUUUCCUAAUUAAAAUGCUCCCAGGUGACCCUGAUGUUAGGUCAAGUUUUGGAGUCAAGGAUCUAACCCCUCCCAUGCCAAGACCCUCUAACUAAGGAUUACUCUGUCCUCUAAUAGGCUUUCUUGGGCUUAGCAUUGAGGUCUGUAAUAUUCUAUAGUUGUUUUAUGGGACAGCAUGAAGACAUGAAAUCUACAGAUAUCCCCAAAAUUACAUCUUAACUAUUUGUUUCAACUGCCACCCCAUUGUCUUAGUAAUGCCAAAAACUCCUUUGUGAACACUCAUUUCUGAGUGGUACAACUGGAGAAGUCCACAUUCACAAAGUGAGUGCCUGAUGCUUCUGUAGAAGUUUGGCCUUAUUCUUUUCAACUCAAUGGACUUUUACAUAAGGGGAUAAAUAUAAAAUUUAAAUAGAAACUACAAAACAAUCUGUAUUAUGGAUUUAUACUUGUUAUAACAAAUUUUGCCAGUAAAAUUUAAACACAGAAGGUAGCUUUUUUGUUGUGUAAACUGAUACAACUGCUGGAGAAAUACGGCAAUAUUGACACAUUAAUAGAAAGUGCAUAUGCCUUACGGUGUCACAAUUACAAGUCUAGGUACAUACCUUAGAGAGAUCCUUACAUAUGCAUACAAACAUUGCAUUUUUUGAUAAUUGAGAGAAACCGAAAAGAGACUAAACUAUAUCUCAAAGAACUGAACUUAUUUCACUUAUCACUCUAAUCAGAAAACCAGAAUUAAAUUUAUUUUAAAAUACAUUUAAUAAAAACCCAAAGUUUCAUAUAUUUUACAUGUAUAGAAUAUUUACAAAUUCAGUUCUACAGCAUUUGCUUAAUAUUUACUAUUUUUCCAUCAUUUGCCUUUCUCACUAUCUCCUUCAGCAGUGAAAUACUGUCCAGUGUUCCCUGUAAUUAAAAAAUUAGUUUCUUGGGUAAUCCUCCUAGGAAGUAAAAAAAAAAAAAAAAAAGUUGUUCACUUUUAAUCUUAUA